GGCCUUGAUAGGCGACUGGAGAGUAACUCCUCUUGCUUUGCAAAGUUGAUUAUUUGAUACAAAAUAAAAAUGGUGGUUACGGGUUUCUACGUUGACUAAUUCGUAACUGAAAUAACCAAAAUCUUAACGGUUGUGAUAAAAUUUCUCAAAGAGUUCAAAAUAUGUAGUGCAAAGUAUUAUUGUGUACUUAAAUAAAAUCGAAAACUGUGUAUGAAGACGUGUUAUGGGCGGGUUUCGAGACCAUUUGGAUUGUUUAUUAUGUUUGCCAUUGCGCGGAAUUGUAUAGUAAAUUAGAUAAAUUAAUUAUUUCAAUUAGUCCGUCGACGUACAACGAGUUAGUCUGCUCUAAAAUUACUAAAUUUUCUAGUAGUGUCCCGGUACGAAAGAUAGAUGCAACAUGUGACCCUGUUUGACAUUUGUGCAUUCAUCAUCCCCCUUGACGUUCAAUUGUUUCAACGAAAUGUUGUCUUAUCGGUCGAUAAGGGUUUUUUAUUGGUUUAUAGAAUUAGUGACUCAAUCAGAUUGACAGGAAUGAUGAUUAAUCAAUGUGGAAAAACUAUUGGAACUUUUAGAGGAUUAAUAAACAUUGAGGAAUCAUGAAAUUGAAACCAUCAAAAAAGCUGAAAAAACUGAAAACUCCCAAAGAUGUUUACUGAAUCUGAUAGUGUUUUCUCAACAAUACCCAUCAAUCAAUCAUGAUGCAUAGCACAGAAAAUAAUCGAUAUAUCGUCCAGGUUUACGUAGGUGCCCUUUCAGCACUCUAUGAAGCUUUGUCAGUUGAAGCUAGUAAGCAGACAACAUCUGAAGAGAUAGUCUCUUGCAUAGUUGAUAGGCUAUCUCUAAUGCAUGACAGUGCUUCAUAUGAACUAGCCGAAGUGAUAGGUGAUGAUUUCGGACAGGAAUGUAAAGAAAGGAGCCUUUCACCUCACGAGAGUCCUGUACAACUUAUGAUGUUAUGGCCAAAACAUAGACCAGAUCACUCUUCAUACAGAUUCUAUUUAAGGGAAAAAGUAAAUGAUUAUGCAUGGAGGGAUCAGUUUGUGAUGGAUCCUCAGCUCAUAAAGGAUUAUUUUCAUAGAUUCCUGUAUCAGCCGAAAGAUAGGGAAUAUCCUGAUUUGUGUCAACUGCCAGAUCUUAACGAACAAACGUUGCUUGAUAAUUUGAGAGCAAGAUUUGUAGCAGGACACAUUUACACUUACGUCGGAUCUAUUUUAAUAGCCUUAAACCCGUUUAAAUUUUAUCCGAUAUACAAUCCUAAAUAUGUGAAACUAUAUCAGAAUAGGCGUUUAGGACCUAACCUGCCUCCACAUAUAUUCGCGGUAGCAGAUACAGCUUACCAUUGUAUGUUGAAAGACAGAAAAAAUCAAUGUAUAGUUAUUAGUGGUGAAAGUGGUUCGGGAAAAACUGAAAGUACUAAUUUUUUGUUGCAUCACCUAACUGCGUUAAGUCAAAAGGGAUCGCACGGUAGUGGAGUUGAACAAACUAUUUUAAGUGCUGGUCCUGUUCUAGAAGCUUUUGGAAAUGCCAAGACUGCUCAUAAUAAUAAUUCAAGUCGAUUUGGAAAGUUCAUUCAAGUCAACUAUAAAGAAAAUGGAAUGGUUCAUGGCGCUGUCGUUCAAAAGUACCUUUUAGAAAAAUCUAGAAUAUGCUCGCAAGGGCGAUAUGAAAGGAACUAUCAUGUGUUCUAUUAUUUACUCGAAGGCGCGAAUGAGCAAGAGAAACAACAACUUCAUCUCAAACGCCCUGAUCAAUACUAUUACCUAAACAAAUCCUGUAGUGCCUUGGACAAUACGGACGAGAGUUACGAAUUUUCGAGAUUAAAGCAGUCCAUGGAAAUGGUGGGCUUUACCACCGAAAAACAAAGGAGGCUUUUCUCGGUCUUAUCGGCUGUAUUGUUACUUGGAAAUGUUGAAUUUCAACCAAGAAAAUCCGCUUACCACCAUGAUGAAUCUGUAGGAGUUAAGAAUCCGGAAGUUGUGUCACUAAUCUCGGAGUUGCUCAGGGUUAAACAGGAAACUCUGAUGCAAGCCUUGACAGCGAAACGUGCCCGUGCCUCAGGAGAGACACUUGUGAUUAAUUACCGUCUUCCUGAAGCGAUAGCAUCUCGAGAUGCCAUGGCGAAAUGUCUGUAUGGAGCACUUUUUGACUGGAUAGUUCUUCAGGUUAACCACGCACUCUUAGCAAAGAAAGAUACCCUUCGGGAACACCAAGGUAAUUCAAUCGGAGUCCUGGAUAUAUUCGGAUUUGAAGAUUUCGGUUUAAAUAAUAGUUUUGAACAACUGUGUAUUAAUUACGCCAACGAACAUCUGCAAUAUUAUUUUAAUCAACACGUUUUUAAAUAUGAACAAGAAGAAUAUAGGAAAGAAGGGAUCAGGUGGACGAACAUAGAAUUCAUGGAUAAUACAGGAUGUUUACAAUUAAUUGAAGGCAAACCGAAUGGUUUGAUUUUUCUUCUAGAUGAUCAAUGCAACUUUCCUGGUGCUACAAACGAAACCCUUUUGCAAAAAUUCAACACUGUUCAUAAAGAUAACAAAUUCUACCAAAAGCCUCAAAAGAAAGAAGGAGCUUUCAUUAUUGUACACUAUGCCGGCAAAGUAAAGUAUCAGGUAACGGAUAUGCGCGAAAAGAAUCUCGACUUGAUGCGUCAAGACAUUGUAGGAGUGUUAAAAAAUAGUUCUAUGGCUUUCGUAAGAGAAUUAGUGGGAGCCGAUCCGGUGGCUGUGUUUAGGUGGGCGAUCGUAAGGGCCUUCUUUAGAGCUUAUUUUGCCUUCCAUGAAGCAGGCAGGAAGCAUAGACAAGGAAGGGUGGAUGGAAAUAAAAAUAAUAUACAACAGAGGUAUUCGAGAAAUCAUAUACCGAAUGAAAAUCUUAUUAGUAAACAACGAAACACCGUCGCAUUUAAUCGAUUGGGUCGAAACUUAGACAACGAAUCAUCCAACAACAAUAGGCUAUCGUGGCCUCAACUUUACCAACGAAACAGACACAGCAGCGGUAGCAGUAAAAAUAAUGAUGACGAUCGAAGAAGAAAGGAUUCGUUAACAGGAAAUACUAGUUCGUCAGUUGGGCUAGAAAGGUUGGGCCCGGACGAGGCUAGAGCUAUACAAAGGGCGAAUCAGAUCGUUAUGAAAAACAAAUCAUUCCGGCCACGAGAACGUAGUAAAAAAGGACUGAAGAAUCUACAAACGGUUAAAACGUUAGUAGGUAGAACUGGCAUCACUGCUCAACCUCAAGGCCAAUUAGGAAAAGCGAGGAAACAACCGAUGACAGUUACCGCUCAAUUUCAACAAAGUUUACACUCACUCAUGGAUACUCUGAAUCAGGCUAAUCCUUUUUUUAUUAGGUGUAUUAAAUCAAACGGCAAUAAAAUUCCUAAUACAUUUGACGAACAAACAGUACAAAGACAACUACGGUACACCGGUAUGCUCGAAACUGUCCGCAUACGACAAGCAGGAUUCAAUGUUCGAUUAACUUACGAUGAAUUCAUUCAACUUUAUAGAAUACUCCUUCCGAAAGGUUUACUCAGCUCACAAAUCGAUGUACGGGACUUCCUAGCAACUUUAAAUCUCAACAGGGACAAUUAUCAGUUGGGAAGUACAAAGGUGUUUAUGAGAGAAACUGAGAAAUAUAAAUUGGAUUGUAAACUUCACCAACAAAUUAUGUCAAGCAUUGUAACUUUGCAGAGGUGGUUUAGAGCAUGUUUAGAAAGAAGAAGAUUUUUAAGAAUUAGAACUGCUGUGAUAACUCUUCAGUCGUACUGCAGGAUGUACAUUGUUCAAAAAUACAUAAGGAGACUGCAAGCCGUACUGAAGAUACAAAAGUAUUGGAGAGGAUACAAGUGUAGAAGUUGGUUACACAAAUUAAAAACAUCUCUAAUAGUCGUUCAAGCUCAUUGCAGGGGUUUCAGAGUGAGGAAAAUGAUAAUGGAAAUGAAAAUGAAGGGAGAAAUGGCCCCAAAGAAACCUCCAAUUGUUAGUGCACUUCCAACCCACCUACAGGUGAAACAUGGAAGUUCAGACGAGGCAUUCGUUAGUAAAGAUUCUAGUCUAGAAGAAGUGCGUCCGGAACAAACCGAUAAAAAAUUCUUGGAUUCCGAUGAAAGCAGUGGUGUGCCAGAAGAUGACAUUGACACAUCUACUCACCCGAAAAUAAGCUUAAGGUCAACGGUAUCAUUACCAAGCGUAUCAACUACUGUACCUGCUGGCUAUUAUCAUCAUCAUCAUUAUGUCAAUAACUCCGGAAAUUAUAGGUUUGAGGAACUAAAACCAGAAAAGAUUACCUUAGACGCGAUACGAAAGAAAUCCUCAAAAUCUCAUCAAACAAUUGAUUACUCUGAUUUAGAAUAUACUCCUCAACGGAAGGGAAGUGGAGAUUCUCUAGGAUCUCAACGAAGUUUGGAAUCUCAACAGAGCUCUGACUCUCAUUCCAGCGUCACGGUCCGAGAGUUGCACAAACAGGAACCGCCGACAUUAGAUAAACAGUGGUCAUCGUCAAGUACUACUAGUGAUCCAUUUUCAGAAGGAGGAGCAUCUCAAUCAGCGCCUCCAAUACUUAGAGACCGAUCUAUGUGGGACAGAAAGCCAGUAACUCGGGAAUAUUAUCCUAAACAGCCUUUAAGUAGAACCGAAGCUGUCAAUAAUUGGGUAUCGCCUGUGAUUAGGAAAGACGUGAGAUACAGUGAAAAUAAACCUUUGCGAAGUUAUCAACCAGUGCGUCGACCCCGUGAAAAAUUCCUUCCCGAUGAUCGACCAGACGUUUAUCCAUAUGACCAAACACCUAACAAAUUAGAACAGAUCCUAGGACGACCAGAAGCGCCAAUUAGGAAUACCAGAAAAUCAAAAAGGGGUCACGUAAAAAGUCUGGGAGAAGAAGUAACUGACAGUGGUAGUUUAGAUAAAAGUGUAUUUUUGGGUACUAUCGACGAAUCGAAAGCGCAUCCAGAGUUUAUCAUACAAGAAAGGAAUUCAUCGGAUGGUGGUAAUAAACAAACUUUAACGCCGAAACGUCAACGACAGAACCUACCUCAACUCGAUCUCAGACGAAGAAACAGCGAUCCUGCUACUAAAGCAGUAAUUUCUGAUAAUCCCGCAGGUUUGGAUGCCAGUCCUUCAAUAAAAACUAACGAUUACAAAUAUGACGUAAACGCUCUAUCUAUAGCAGGCCAUACAUUCAGAAAAAUUCCUAGAAUAUCAAAGGAUGAUCUGUGUAUGUCUUGUAAUGCCGCCAUCGAUGCUUUCUAUGCUCCCGGCUAUAAAUGUACCAACUGUAAAAAACAAUUUCACACAAAAUGUAUACAAAACAAGGUUUUCGAAAUGCCUUGUGAGCAACAACGACCGAAUGCUGAGAUUCGUUCUGGUCGCCGAAAACAUCGAAAACACUCUCGUACACCUUACGACCUUAGAAAACCUGACGAGAGUAAGUUCAGUCUUACUGGUACUUCGGAAUUUACAGAUAGAACAGAUCAAAUCAUAACUGGCGCUGAAGAACUUACUCUCAUGCAACAAUUCAUUACAGACAAAAUAAUGAAAAUGGAAUCAGUUGGUGGAAAGAAUAGCGACGUUGAUAAAUUGUUCAAACAGGCUUUGCGGGAUUUCAAAGAUAAUUUGGUGCAGAUAUACAGUAACGCAUCCAAACAUAAUAAUCUGGAAUCGUGCAAUAUUAAAUACAAGGAUCUCAUAUUGGUGUUUAAUCAGGCAAUGGAAACAGUGUGCCAGCGGGAACAAAAAUCAAACGACGCCAAAGAUUUUCCUGUAACAAUGGGUGUCAACGCUUUCCGAGGAUUCAUGGAUGAAUUCAUGUCUUCCAGAGCGGAAGAGAAACCAUCAAAAUCUAAGCGAAAAAAAGAAAAGAAACGUAAACUCGAAAUGCAUAAACACAAUGGUCACGCUUUCCUUUUAACUAUCAUCAACAUACCUACUGCUUGCGAAAUAUGCAGUUCAUUCUUUAUGUGGCCAAUAGAGCGUGGAUUAGUAUGUCAAAGUUGCAAGAUGACGUGUCACAAAAAGUGUUAUCUUAACGCGAACCAAUGUUUGAAAGAAGCCGGUCUGCAGGGUGAGACGAAAAGAGUGUUUGGUGUGCCUUUAGUUACAUUAGUUACAGAGGACAAUAAGAUACCGUUAGUUAUAGAAAAAUUGUUGAGUACUAUCGAAUUACAUGGUCUCUAUGCUGAGGGAAUUUAUAGGAAAUCUGGAGUUAGCUCAAAAAUUAAAGAAUUGAAGAAUAAAAUGGAUGAAAAUCCAGAUGAAGUAGAAUUCGAGAAAUAUCAGGUUCACGUAUUGGCAUCGGUACUAAAAAGUUUCCUACGUGAAAUGGCCGAACCGCUCUUAACAUUCGAAUGCUACGAAAAUUUUAUCACUGCCGCUAAUCUGGAAGUUGAAAUCGAUCGUGUGACAACUCUCUACGAUAUUCUUAAAAAACUUCCCCCUCCGAAUUACGACCUAAUGGAGAGAUUGAUGUUUCAUUUGGCUAGAGUUGCUCUACACGAAGAGACAAAUCGUAUGAGUGCGGCAUCGUUAGCAAUAGUUUUCGCUCCUUGUGUUUUAAGGACUAAUAAAGUGGUACCUGCUCAAGAGAGUCUUAUAGAUAUUAGCAGUCAGACACAAUGUAUUGAAACUAUCAUCAGAGUGCAACUGAAGAAAAUUAGAAGUACAUUAGAUGAUAUAGAUACUCUUGAUACGGCAUGCCAGGCCGCUACAAAUCGUCUCUCUAGUCUUAGAAGUUCUAAGGUAUUUACCCCUGAUGAACUAAUUCCUCCUAAUCAACCAUCUCAACAACCAACUGACGAAGAAGAACAUCUCUUAGAAGAUCAUAUACAGGAAAUUCAAAAGGAAAAAGAACAUUUGACGUCAACUUUGCCAACCCUUACUCACGCUACCUCCGAUGAUGACAUGUUAUCAACAGACGGCGAUGGUAGUUUAGAUGACCUCACCUGUUUAGCCGAUAAACGUCAUAAUCAACGGCCGAUCGUACGUUCAAUCAGUACCGGCCCUAUACCGAAAUUACGUCGGCAACUCUCCACAGAGACGAAAUGUUCUGAAGACUGUCCUGACGAUCCUAUUAUGGUGUAAAAAUUGUUAUCCUAGUGUUCUUUUCUUUAUCUCCUUUUGUACAUAAUACAUUACUAAUCGAGACUAUUGAUUUUUUUUUAAUUGAUACAGCUGAAGAAUUAUGAAAAAUUUUGGUCUGGAUCAUUUACACAUGUAACAGGGCAAGUUUCUUAUGGAAUUGCCAUAUUGACAACAAUAUUUUUAAUUACAUUGUGUGUUGUCGUUGAGGAGAAAUAUUGUGAAAAUAUGAGAUAAUUUUAUAUCCACCACUUUUGAGAAUAUCUACUCAUCUUCCUAUCGGGAAUAUAGAAAUGAUUUUUGCAUUUAUAAUCUGUACCAAUAGACUGUUAACUUUAAUUAUAACUCUUGAUUAAUUUUUCUUAUUAUACCUACUCAAAAAUAUUAUAUUUUGUGUUCUAUAACAAGAAAUAUUUUGUUAAUAAGUGGUUAUUUCUGAAACUGCUGUUGGUUAGGCUGCUCCGCAAUUACACUGUCUGAUCCUUCGAGUCAUAUAAUAAUAAGCGACCUUUGAAAAGCUCGAAGUAUAUAUAAUAUACUAUCAAAUUUUUAUUCUCCUUAAUCUGCGGCAAUUGUGUCUUCCCAAGAUUUCUUUAGGCGUCCUCUUUCUUCUCUUUUCAAUUUGUCUAGCUUGCCAAAUCCUUUUUGCCGGUCUAUUGCUCUCUAUUCUAUAAUGGUGUCCAAACCACCUAAUUUGUUGUUUUUCAUAGGUUCUACCUUCAAGGCUUCUCCUAUGGAUUCCUUUCUUAUUCGACCUUUUCUGGUGAUACAUGUGUUUCUGCGUAAGUACUUCAUUCCUGCUGCUUCAAUUUUGCUUUUAAGUGAGUUAUUUCUUUUCUUUCUAGAAAAUUUCCGUUCAACGCAUAAUAAAGUUGAUUUUGAGGUCUUCUUGUUUCCCCACUACCAUUAUUUUUGUGUUCAUAAUAUUGAUAUUCCUGUUUCUCAAUUUUAAUGCCUCUUUUUAAUGUUAAUAAAUUAUAUUUCAAUUCCUUUUCAUUUUUAGCAAACAAUACAAAAUUUUAGGCAAAAGCUGAUUUAGAGAUUCAAACUAUUUCCAUGUUUCUCUUGAUACAUCAUCUGUUAUCAUUAUUAUUAUGAAAACGCGCCAGAUUCAGUACUCUCUCUUUUUUAAUCCUUUUUCAGGCAUGAAAUUCUCGUAUUGGUCCUUAUUUCUCCUCACUUUGUUCCAUGUUGUUACAUAUAUACUUUUAAUAUUGUUUCUCAAAUUGACUCCCAAUUCCUCUUUGUUUUAAACUACUCCAUAUUUGAUUUCUUGGGACUUUCUCAAAUGCUUUUUGGAUGUCUAUAAACCGAGGUAUACUUUUUGAUUUGUUUUCAAUUUUUUCUGUUAUCUGUCUCAAUGUAAAUAUAUGAUUUUGUAUACUUUUUCUUUCCCUAAAACCGCUUUACGAUUCUUCUACCUGGUUGUCUAUGAUAUUUCCUUAGUCUUUUCUCUAUGAUAUUCUCGUGAGCUUUUAGUACCGUAGCAGUAGCAAUGGUAAGCCUCGAUGUACUACAUGUAAUUGUGAGAGUCAGUGUAGUGAUAAGAAAUAUUCUGUUAUGUAUAAAUAAUUUGUAGAUCCUGACCAAACCAUUUUUUCAUAUUUUAUCGGUGUCCCAUAUAAAAUAUUAAAAAAAAUAGUAGUUUACAACAUGUAUUACAUACAUAUUUAUAUUGACAUGUAACAACAGUUGGAAACUUUUUUUUGAAUACGCAUCCUUCAACAGUAGGCAAUCAAUUGUGAUCCAAUAGACUGCACUAUUUGUAUUUGCAAACAUAAAACAUUCAGGCAAUUUAGAAAGCGUUUUGAUAAUUCAAAAUCUAAUUCAAGGCGUUAUCAAAUCAAUUUUAACCAUCAAGAUGUCUCUUAAUUUUAUAUUAUUUGAAGAAAAUUAGUUAUUUCGAUAAAUCCCACCAGAUUGUUCUGACUAUCUUGACUCAAAGAUGAAAACCCAAUUUUUUUCUUCAACGGUAUUCUAUUUAUUGUAACAUCAGUUAAAGGAAUGUAUAAAUUACUUCUUCCUUAUAUAUUUUGCACCACCGACACACAUGAGGUGGGUGACACAUAAUUCUGUCGACAAUCCAAGAAUUAAUUACAUUUAAAUCCUUCACCUUCAAGUUUUCCAAAAUUAAUCGAUAAUAAAAUGAAUAUCUUUGGAUGGGAUAAUUUUAGUGUUGCCUAAAAAAGUUUUUUAAUUUGAAAUUAGAUUUUUGAUAUUAAGGAUCGAUUGUAAAUUGUUGGUUAUGUCCUAAAUUCCAAAAAUAAUGAUAUAACAACAGAUUGAUUCUUAUUCUUGAUUACAGUAUAUAGAAUUGGGUUAGAUGCGUUUAGUGUAGCAUGAGGUCUUUUAAAUGACAGUGCUUGUUGGUUUAUAAUAAGAAAUAUUUUCUGAAUAUUUGGCCAUACCUGGGCCUCAUUAAAGAAAUAAUGUUUUUUUCCCAAUAAUACUACUACUUUAUAUUUUUAUGGUACAAUUAUUGAUGACCUUAUUCAACAUUUGACAGCACAAAUCUGUUAACCCUUGUUGUAGCUUACCAAAACACUUUCUAAAUGUCUUGUUUAAAUAAUCAAUCUAUCUUUUUGUGCCAACUAGGCGGAUAAAUAAAUAUAUAUAACUAUUUUUAUUAUUGUUAUUGUUGAACUUUAUAAGAUUAGAGUAUGAUUGUUUUUUCGUGAGUAUAUGUCGGCAUACAGGAUGUUCUAACUAUAAAAAUUAUAUUUUUAUUGUUUGAGUCGUUCUGUAGAUUGAAGAAGUGUAUGAAAAAUUUGUUAGUUGCAAUACUCAUUCGUUUAUUCAACAAUAUAAAAUUAAAGCAAUAUUUGAUGGUAAUAACUAUACUGAGUGUUUUAGACAAAAAUUAUGGAAAUAACACUCAGCAUGUUUUACAGAAUUUCCUAUUAAUAAUGUAUAUUGUUCAAUAUUAAGGGAACCGCGGGGGGUUAAAUUAUUUAUUUAUUAUACUAUUUAUAUUUUUUAAAGCAGUGAAAUUUUCAUCUUGUUAAAAUUGCAUUUAUUUUAUUUUAACACCCCUUGUCGCUUUAAGAACUUCCCCACCAGACAAAAACCCUGUUCAGUUUCAAAUUGAAAUAUUCUUCGUGAGAUUAUUGUAAAUUGUUACAAUUAUUUAUAAAAUGUCUAUUUUUUGCUUCUAAAAGAAGGAGUCUUUAGUCACUUUUUAUAAUAAACAUUGCAAUCGGAUGUAGUAGUUAAAUACACCCAAAACGCGAAAGUUUUAACCAAAUUUAAUUUGCAACAUACACACAGCGACCUAUUUAAAAAGCAAGUUUACUAUAGAAAGAAAACUUGAAUUGAUAGAAAGCAUUUUUCAUGCUAGAAAAACCUAAGCACACUACAUUCAUAUAUAUUCAUUCAUAUGUUUCAAUAAAAAUAUCUCAAAACGUCUUAAAAACAAUAUUUUUGUAAUGGUAAUAUGUGUGACAACCUUAGCUAGUAAAUAAAUUUUCAUAUCGACAACAAAAAAGUGCAGGUGGAAUAUAUUAUCAAAUUAAUCCAAACAAACUGCUUCUUUUCGAACGAAUUUAAAAAAUUAGGUUAUAAUUAGCUCAAAGAGACCGAAAGAGCAUUUUAAUGCAUUCAAAUAUCUUUUUGCGUAAACAUCGUUUUGAUGUAAGUAAUAUGAAACUAAAUUAUAUCCUAUAUAGUAGCUAAAGAUGUCAGUUUACUAAAACAGAGUAACAUCUUUGAUACCUAAGCCCAUAAUAUGAUUUAUUCUUGUAGGGUAAGUUAGAAUGAUCAUAUUAAACUCUACAUUGUAGCAGAAUUUCAAGUAAUAUCUAUUAUUUCGUUAAUUACUUUCCAGUUUUUUGUGUUUUAUUCCAAUUUCUAGUGGCUUGUCAAACAAUAUUGCCACAUUUGAUAAUACAGAAUUGCUGAAGGAAAAGACAAAGUACAUUCAGAAGCUACUCUUGACAGAUAAAACUUCAAGAGAAUUGUAAAAUAUGAUUGCUUGAUGCAGCAUCUUAAGAAGUAUUCCUUGAAAGGCAAAGAAUUACACUCGUCGCAGAAUGUCUGCAAAGUGCUACUAAAACCCGCACUGAAUGCUUACAAAAAGAUGAUAUGACCCAAUAAUCAACCGAGUUUGAAGAUUUUAUCACAAAUAUUAUUACGUGUAAACGUUUAUCUUGGUUUGUUGUUCAAAAUUGUAUUAAAUUUUGAGAUUCAAAACGGAAAAUUCACGUACCUAACUAGUAAUAAGAUUUAUUGAUACUUUGUGCUCAGAAAUAUGUCACAUUUUUGUCAAAGAAUCUAUGUUUACUUACAAGUAAGUCAGAUAGCCAAGAAUCAAAAUUUAUUUAAUUUAUAAGAAACAUAAUUGAGUUUAAAAAAGGGAAAUAUGGUUUUUUAUGUUAUUACCUGAUUACAAUUUGUGAAAUAGCCUGUUUACAACUAAUUUGAAGUUUAGUUUGAAUUAUUAAUGUAAAGUCUUGUUUAAAAUGAGUCGCUCUGUAUAUAUUAUGCAAAUGUCAUUUUGGAUUUAUUUGUACAGUUAGUUUUUUUUGUAAAUAAUCGCAUUUGUGUUUCUUCUACUUUUGAUACUUUUUCAUAAAGUGUGCAUUUUGUUAUUAAAAUGCAGUAUAUUUAGUCAUUUUUUUUUACAGAUCAACAUUGAAGUUAGUUAAUCUUGCUUUAUUAUAAGUUUUGUUUCAAUAAUGUUUAAUUUACUAACAUUUUUAUUCCGUAAGUUGCGUUUUUUUUCUACAUUGUAAUUUUUAUGCUAAGUAUAAAUGCCAUUCCAAAUUUUUGUCUUGAAGAGCUCAAAUGACUGCAUUCCUAAGUACCAGAUGUUCCAUUAUAUUUAUUUUAAGUCUUAUCACAAAAUUAUCUAAGUAAUCAACUUUGUUAAAUUAAUGGCUUGAAUAAAAUAUGUCUAAAGUCAUCGAAGACAAAUAAGUCAAGUGAGAAGUGAAAUACAAUGAAACAUUUCGUAUUUCUAAAGGGUGUUCAAAAUGUCCAAAGCAAGAAUCUAUAGGUUAAUUACCAAGAUUAGUUUUUCGGAUAUUUAUUUUGUGACUCUGCAAAAAACUAGUAUGUCUGAAUGAAAAUUAGGACAUUUUUUAGUCUCUCUAAUAAAUUAAUUUUUUUUACUGAUAACCAUUAUGGGGCAUUUCAGUGACUGAGUUUUUUUUCUUAUUGUAAAUGUUUGUUAAGAAAACGUUUAUAUCUAAAUUAAUAAUUAUACCAAAUGUUAACAAUAAUGACAGAAUUGUUUAUAUCAAUAUACAAACAUGAUACAUAAUUUGUAAAUAAAAAAAUAUUAAGAUCAA